AUGUCGUCCUUGGUUAAUGUAGGAGGCAAUAAUCAUAACAACGCCGCCACUGCGCAUGCGUUGUUAAUUAAUGUUAGUCAAACAAAUUUUGUCCGAUCAUUAUAUACAAGUACUUAUUAUCCAAAUUGGACUGUAUCACAUAUACCUGGUCCACCAACAUCAUAUUUAAUAUCAACUAAAAAUCAUUUAAUAAAUGAUAGAUAUUAUCCAUUUUGGUUAUUAAUUUUAAUAGCUAUAUUUGGUAGUAUAACAUCAGUAUUAACAGUUUUAGGAAAUAUUCUUGUUAUGCUUGCAUUUUUUCUUGAUCGACAAAUUCGACAACCAACAAAUUAUUUUAUACUUUCACUUUCAGUUAGUGAUUUUCUAAUUGGCCUUUUAUCCAUGCCUUUACUUACAAUAUAUAUCUAUUCAAAAGAAUGGCCAUUAAAUGCUAUUAUAUGUGACAUAUGGCUUUCACUUGAUUAUACUGUUUGUUUAACUUCAAUUUAUACUGUAUUAUUUAUAACAAUUGAUCGAUUUUAUUCUGUUAAAAUGCCAGCUAAAUAUCGUAAAUGGCGUACAAAACGAAAAAUAAAUAUUAUGAUUACUAUUACAUGGGCAGUACCUACUCUUAUUUUUUUUACAUCAACUAUGCUUUAUCCACGUUUAAGAGGAAUUUCAAAUAUGCAAAAUGGUGUUUGUGAUGUUCAAUGGAAUAAAAAUCAUGUAUUUAAUUUAUGUUUAACAAUUGGUUAUUUUUGGACAACAUUAUUUGUUAUGAUUAUUUUAUAUAUUUUUAUAUAUGGUGUUGCAAGUAAUUUAGAAAAAAAAUCUCAAGAAAAUGCUCGUAAAACAUCUUCACUUGUUGGCAUGGCUGGUAAUACAAUGACACAAAUAGGUGUUGGUAUUGGUGUAAAAAAAUCUCCGACAAAAAUACAUAUAGAUAAACAAAAUUAUAAAAUAGAUACAACAAUAAAUACUGAUGAUGAUGAUCAAAGUAUUGUUCAACAAAGAACAUUAAAUAAACAAUUAAGUGAUAAUUCAUCUGAACGACAACAAACAAAUGAUGGUGGUGAUGAUGAUAAUUCAAAUUCAUGUGAAUCUCAUUCUGAUUAUGAUUUAAAUAAAAAAAAAGAAAAACGAUUUCAGUUUUUAAAUAAUAAAAAUUUUAAUAAAAUUCGUCGUGGUAUGAGUGUUAAUUGGGCUAAUAAUUCAACAACAGCUAUUCAUUUAACUUCAUCAAAAAAUCAAAAUUUUCAUAGACAAUUUAAUCAAAAACAAUCAUCACAUGUUAAAACAUUUGCAAAUUCAUUUUAUCGUAAUCCAAUAAUUUUAAAUACUAAAUCAUCAUCAACAACAACAAAAACUAAAUUUAAACAAACAACAAUUUCAACACAACCAUCAGCUACUCUUACACCUAUACCAUCAGAACCUGAACUUUCAUCAUGUCGUAUUCAUUCUCCACCACAACCACGACCUGAAUCAUUAGCAACUAUGUCAGAAGAAGUAUUUCAUGAAAAACUAAAAGCACGUCAUAUACCAUUAUUAUCUACAAUUGAAACAUCACAACAUUCACCAUCAAUUACUAACGAUAAUUUAUCAAAUAAUGUUCAAUCAAUACCAUCAUUAAUUUUAGAUAAAAAUCCUACAGAUGAUAUUAAUCAUUCAAGUGAAACAAUAUUAAAUGAAAAACAAGAAGAUAAUCUUAUUGAAAUCAAUUCAACAUCUUCUAUUUCUCAAUCGCAAUUAACUGUUCAACAAAUUAUAAAUAAUAUUGAUGAAUCAUCUGAUGAAAGUUGGCGUUUACUUAAUAGUAAUAGUAGUCUUGAUAUACCAUAUAUUGAUGAAACUGAUUUUGAAGAUUUAGGUUACAUCUUACAUCGUCGUUGUGUUCCAUCAAAUGAUGACAAUGAACCAGUCUAUGAAGAAACGAUAGUUUAUAAAUCUCCAUCUUAUAUAAAACAUAAAGAUCGAUCGAAAUCUUCUUUAACAUCUCUUUCUAAUACUACUACUAUUAAUAAUAAGAAUAAUGGUAAUAAAUUUUAUGAAAUCUAUGGUAAUCAUGAAGAUGCUCAUAAAGCAAUACUUGAAUCACCAUUCUUUGAAAGUGUUGAAUUGAUAACAUAUCCUUGUACAAAUUCAAGUCCGUCCUGUGAAAAUAUACCAAUCCGACAUCGUAGUUUACAUCAUGUACCACGUGAAAUUUUACUUAAAACGGGAUUACAGUCAGAAUCGUUACCAAUAUCAUCAAAUGAUAUUAAUAAAACAUCAUCUAUAAUUUUCGUUUCUAAAGCCAAAACUCCAUUACCUGAAAUAUCAAACUCGUCAGCAUUAUCAUCUUCAAUAAAUCGACAUGUUGAUGUUGAACGUGCAUUAAUUGAUUUCUAUCAAUGUUCUCAAAUAAAUGAUACUGAUGAUAAUUUAACAAAUAGUGAAAGUGAUUUAUUAUCAAAUUAUAAAGAAAUGAAUCAAAAUACAUUAUCAUUAUUAUAUCUUAAUGAACAAUAUUCAUCAGCAUUUACUGAUGAUGAAUAUAAUUAUCCAUAUAAUAAUAAUUUAAUGAAAAUGAUGAUAUUAAAUAAAACAAAUCUUGAUACAACAAGUGAUGAACAAACAUUAACAAAUAGUAUUAGUUUAAAUACAUAUAGUCAAGAUUUUUCUGUUGAUAAAAUUUUUCAACAAUUUAGUUUUAAUGAACAAUUAUCAAGAACUAGUUGGCCUAGUUCAUCAUCAUCAUCACAAGAUAGACAAAUACCACAACAUUUACUAACAGCUAUUGAAAAUAAAUGUAAUACAUCAUCAGAUUCAGAUGCAAUUACAACAACAACAACAACAUUAACAGCAAGUACAUUAUAUGAAGGAUCACAUAAACGAAAAACAAGUGAAGAAAUAAAAAAUUUUGAACGUUCUCCAAUAUUAAAAAAACAUUAUUCUGACACAUUUCUACAUGAAACUGAUUCAUUAUUAUCGAAUAAUCGUAUGGCAUCAAAAGUAACAUUUGAAAGUUUUGCAACACAAAAUUCUAUUAUAUCAUCACCAAAAACAAAAGAUCAAAGUGUUAUGGCACAAAUUGAUAUUAAAGGUCAAAUAAAUUAUUUGACUAAUACUCAUGAACAAAUUGAAAAUGGAAAUGAUAUUAAAAGUGCACGACCAUCUUUUAUUAAUGAAGGAACAAUGACAGGCAUAAUUAGUUCUAAUUCAGUUAAAUCAAGUAUUAAAGAACUUAUACAAAGUCAAAAAUCAAUUCAUCGAAGAAAAUCUAAAUCACAAAAUCGAGCUAGAAAAGCUUUAAGAACAAUUACAUUUAUUCUUGGCGCUUUUGUAGUUUGUUGGACUCCAUGGCACAUCUAUUCAGCAAUUCAUUCAUUAUGCGAAUCUUGUAAAAAUAAUUGGAUAUUUUCAAACCCGAUGUUUCAUUGUUUUUAUUUUCUUUGCUAUCUUAAUUCACCAAUUAAUCCAUUUUGCUAUGCAUUAGCUAAUCAACAAUUUAAAAAAACAUUUACACGAAUAUUAAAAUUAGAUUUACGUCGAUUAUAA